AACCCCUAACAAAACCAUUAGACCAAGUGACCCAAAUCAGAUAACCUAAAGCCCUAACCUAGCAACCCUCCCUCCCAGCAGCGCCGAACCCCUUCUUUUCCGCCAUCGACGCCGCCGGACAGCACCAUCGCGGCCCUUUCCUCUUCCUCUCCCUUCCUCGUAGGCUCGUAGCGCUUCGCUCUCUCCCUCAUCGUCGACGGCUCCACACACCACCUCUCCAGCAGCCGCCGUCUCCUCCACGAACUAACAGCCGCCGUCGUCCUCGACGAACCGCAGCAGCACGCACUAGAUGCAGUCGAAGCCACCGCCGUUCGUCGCCCGUCGCCCGUUCGUCGUUGAAGCCAUGUCGUCUGUCCAGUCUCUUUUUCUCCGUCAUUGAAGCAGUGUUGUCCUUCCAUUUCUGGUUUUUGGUUCGUCGCCGCCGUCGUCUCACCAUCCUGCACCUCGGUCGUCCUCUGUAAUGGAGCCUAAGCCUCAGUGAUUUCUGAGUCAGGUUGAUACCCAGAGAACUCCAGUCCAUACCCAGAGAACUGAGAAGUCUUCUUCCUCUCCCGAGCCCUUCGCUGUGUCCCAAGCAUCUUGCCGUCGCUGCUCCCGAGCCUCUCGCCGUAGCUGCGUGCUCUGUUUGUUUUCCUCUCUCUCUCUCUCUCUCUCUCUCCACCAACAUAUCAAUAUAUAUUGACAUAAUCACCAUUCACCAUGUUUCACGAGUCAACAAUCUCGCGUUGACUCCAACAAGAUGGCGCUGCACGCCCUCACCCUACUACUGUGCACGUUCUCACUCUCACUCUCCUUUGCUGUAGCUUCGUCCCACAUGGCUUCUUCUUCUUCUUCUUCCUCUUGUUCCGUUGUCACGCCAUCCACUCCUCUUGUUUCCUUCCUCGAACAGCUCCAAGAAACGGCGCUCCAAACCUUCGGGGACUCCAACUUCGAUCCCAAAACCUACGUUGACUUGCCCCUCAAGUUCACCCUCUCCGAGACACACCAAGCAUUCCAGAACCUUCCAAGACUGAGUUCCAACGGGACCGUUUCUGCGGAGGUGCUGAAAGGCUUCAUCAAUAGGUACUUUAAGGGCGCAGGGGAUGAUCUGGUGUGCUGGCAGCCACAUGAUUUCGUUGCAGAGCCAGAAGGGUUCUUGACGAAGGUGAAGCACCCGGAGGUGAGGGCGUGGGCUUUGAAGGUUCAUUCGCUUUGGAGAAACUUGAGUCGCAAGGUAUCCCAUGAAGUCGAAAAGAACCCGCAGCUGCACACUCUGCUUCCCCUGCCGAACCCUGUUGUUAUUCCUGGUUCACGCUUUCGCGAGGUCUAUUAUUGGGACUCCUAUUGGGUCAUUCGGGGCUUGCUGGUGAGUAAAAUGCAUAAGACUGCUACUGCUAUUGUGAUGAAUCUUGUUUCUUUAAUAGAAAAAUAUGGAUUUGUGCUCAAUGGGGCUAGACAGUACUACACUAACAGGAGUCAGCCUCCUCUUUUAAGCUCUAUGAUUUAUGAGAUAUACCGCAUCACUGGUGACAUUGAGUUAGUUAAAAGAUGUUUACCUGCACUGCUUAAGGAGCAUGCCUUUUGGAAUUCAGAUAUACAUAGAGUGACCAUUGUGGAUGCUCAAGGACACUCCCAUAACUUGAAUCGCUAUCAGGCAAUGUGGAACAAACCCAGGCCAGAGUCGUCCACAAUGGACAAGAAAUCUGCUUCCAAGUUCUUAAAUAUUUCAGAAAAGCAGCAUUUUUACCGUGAUAUUGCCUCGGCUGCUGAAUCAGGAUGGGAUUUCAGCACAAGAUGGAUGAGAGUUCCACCUGACUACAGUACACUAGCUACAACAUCUGUAAUACCUGUUGAUUUGAAUGCAUAUCUGCUUGGGAUGGAAAUUAAUAUUGCCUUCUUUGCAAAAGCUAUUGGAGACGAAACCACUGUGAAACACUUCAUGGAACUUUCUGAUGCUAGAAAGAAGGCAAUAAAUUCUGUUUUCUGGAGUCCAAGCAAGAAGCAAUGGCUCGAUUACUGGCUCAACAGUGGCACAUGUGAGGUGGCUCAUGUUUGGGAAGAUAAGCAUCAGAAUAAAAAUGUAUUUGCUUCCAAUUUUGUUCCUUUGUGGAUGGAGCCAUUUUACUCAGAUGGUUCGCUUGUGGGUAACGUUGUUCAUGCUCUCAAAACUUCUGGCCUGAUUCGUGCUGCCGGAAUUGCAACUUCUUUGACUGAUUCAGGACAACAGUGGGACUUUCCAAAUGGUUGGGCUCCACUUCAACACAUGCUAGCAGAAGGCCUGGUAAAAUCAGGGUCAAAAGAAGCAAGGUUGUUGGCUGAGGAAAUUGCUAUCAAAUGGAUUAGAAGCAAUUAUGUUAGUUACAAGAAAACGGGGGUAAUGCAUGAAAAGCUUGACGUGGAGAAGUGUGGAGAAUAUGGAGGCGGGGGUGAAUAUGCACCCCAGACUGGAUUUGGUUGGUCUAACGGGGUUGUGUUGGCAUUCUUGGAAGAGUUUGGUUGGCCUCAAGAUCGGAGUAUAGAUUGUUGAUAUGUGUGUUCAGAUUCAAAGUUUGAACAAGCCUUGAGCCUGGUAUUGUUUAGAGGAUGAUGCGCUUAAAUAAGUGUUGACUGUUGAGCACUUUUUCUUGCAUCAAUAAUUUUUCUUGUGUGUAAGAGACUUACUAAAUGAUUCCAAUAAUAGUUUACCCUUCAUGUUUUUGCUUUACUAAGCAUUUUAGAGAAGCCAAACCAGGUGUUCUAGUAGUGGCUAAUUUAGUGUGUGAGUGUGAGUGGAUGGGUAUGA